AUGAGCCAUCAAGGAAUGGGAGAUAUCCCAAUCGCAACCACUCAGCUAGAACGCGUCCGAUACUUUCUGAAGCGAAAAUCGCCAGGAGAAAUCUGUGAGGUGUCUGUGAAAGCUCCAAGAGGAAGUGACGUCAUCGAAGUGGAGAAUCAUGUGCUCAACGAGAUCGUCAGCACCGAACUGCAAACCAUCAACGCCAGAAAUCGGGCCAAUGUGAAGAUGUUGACCGGUUGGAAUGAUGAUGAAAUCACUCAACAAGUUUCUGCCAUUCUGAAGGCGGCCAAGGAGGGAAUGGAGACGGAACAGCGACGACUCAUCCCCUCCCUCUUUGACGAUCGUAUCUUUUAUGCCUGUGACUGA